UACUCGAGUGUCCAACAUUUAUUCUAUUGAUGUUAGCGAUGCUGCAAGAUAUAUAAAUGAUAUAACUCGCAUACGCGUUCAUUCUGGUCCUUCGCGUGUUGAUCAAUGCCUUAUAGUACCUGGAAAAAAGUACGAGACAGGAAAACUGGAGCAAUUGCUAUCGUUGAAAGUGCGCGAUUGUAGAAGUCAUUCAAAAUAUCGUUUUGACACGUUUAAAAUUCAUAUAACCGAUGACUCAUCGUGCGUACUACAUCGAACCGUUACAGGAAAACCGUAUAACUUUCAGGAAACAAAAGGGAAUAAAAAAUAUUCGAAACGUUACAAAACUUGUUCUUAAUGAGAUGCGAAUAUAGUUACAGCAUGACAAUAAGAAUUAAUCAAGCAUUAGUCAAGCAUAUUAAAAGGACACGUAAUAAUACUUAAUCGCACAAGUUAUGACAAUUAUAUAAUUCCUCGUUAGUAAUCGUUAUUUCUUCCUUUUUCAACGUCAAUUCGUAAUUCGGAAGCGGAAAAGUUGUAAUCAAGAAAUACCAAAAUUAAUUUCUUCAGCUUAAAUUAAAUAUCGACUAAAUGUAUCUUAAUUAUCGCGGUACUUUAUAAAUGCGAAAAACAUAUAGAUGGAAAAACCAUUCGAAUCUACAAAAGAGCUUGACUACUCUCGUUUUGACGAACUUUUUUUGGAGUCAGUCUCUUGUCACUUUUUAUUGUCAGGGCAACGAGAAAUCAAGUCGUUCAAUUGUUUUAUCGAAAUAUCUUCCAACCAUCGUUGAUACAAGUUCUUACAAGUAUUUACGAGUCUUGAUUUCCUUUAACGCGAUCCACGGGCUCUCAAGAGAAAUUCCAGGAAUAGACUCACGCAUGUGAGUAUAUACGCUGAGGCAAAAACCCGUCGAAGAAGCGGAUUCAGUGGAAGAACCUGAGCUCGUUUGUACGUAAACCGCUUCAGCCGUGGAUCGCAUAAACGAGGGUGGUCAAACGGCGGUGUCGAAGCCCCGAAAGUCCCGUCACAAGAAGCCAAAAAACGCUAGCGCCAAUUCCAAGGCAAAAGCUAUGGCAACUCCUUGCGGCGAGUACCGAAAAGAGAUCCAGAAGUGUAACGCACAGACAGGGACACAGGCGACGAAUCAACCGCCGUGUUCCAUGCCAGCGAUUCAGAAUCAAACUAGCUCGACACCCCCAAUGCGACCAAGAUCUCUCUACACGGCGCAUAGUUAUCACGCGCAAACAGAAGAAACUAACUUUCAGCGGUACAGUGAAUUUUCCAAGUACUUCGAAGCACCUCCGUCGGAACAAUGGGGCGGAUUAGCUAGCGCAACAGCAUUCUCUAAUUCAACAGCGCUUUGGCGGCACCCUCGAAACUCUAAAACUAUCGCACCUUACUACGAAGAGACGUCCGUCUACGCGGAGAAUUGGAGGGAACACAAUACCGACGCUGCUAUAGUUGCCACGCCAUACGGAACAAUUUCCUUGAGACUUCACAAUAGGAUCUGUGUCGAUAUGACGAUUGAUCGUGCGGUCAGAGUUAUCAAUUUCAAGAAUAACAUCGUGCUAUCGUUAAGCGGUUCUGGAGCAGCUGCGGCAUUACUACACCCCAAUGGAAGAAUAUAUCAGUACGGAUCGCGAGUCGAAAUCUUGGCUCACGAUGCUCACGGCAACAACAAAUACGCGAAGAUGUGGUAUAAAGGUGUCAGCUUCACUUCGGAACAGUGCGCCCUUGUAUAUUUAGUGGAUACAGCAGGAACAAGAACGACCACGGACUCGUUUUCUGAUAUGAGUCAGGAUUUCUCUCUAAGCGUUUUUUACUCUCGUUCGCGGCAUGGUCCAGCAUGCUUACAAGAAGCAGCAGCGGCUUUGAGCGCAGCUCAGUAUUGGUUGACCAACGAAGGCGUAGAAAAUUGGAUCAUUAAUAACGUUAGAGUCUCUCAAACCCCUGAUGGUCUCGUUAGGAUCGCACGGAACAGUAAUAAAUAUCAAUUACGCACGUCGCCUAGUAAUGGAACGGCUUCGUUAACGACACCAUUUUUACAUUGCACCGCUUCCCUUGGUCAAACAUCUCAUCUUUUUGUGCGUCGCGGCGAACGACGAAUGCAUUACGACGGGACUAGUUUUAUCGUACGAAACGCGGGCCACAGUGCUGGAUUUGAUGACAACAAUCAACUAAAAGUUUACUAAGAAAUCCUAACGUGAACUCAUUGCCGUGAGCUUAAUCAAGGUUUACGCAAUUAUCGCAUCCAGUAUAUAGAUUCACUUUUAACGUCGUAAAAUAUACAUACAGCUACGUGGAAACGAAAAGUUACUCCUUUGGAACUAAUCUCUGAUAAAGUGACCUAACGCCCGAAAACCUACAAUACAUUAUCCCCAGUUUUGAAGUUCAGAAAUUUACUUUAAUUCCACUUUAAGCAUGUUCAGUAAUUUAAUUGUAUUAACUUCAUUUAGAGCCUGUGCAAAACAGCUACAAUGAGAUAGAGUACAACGUAUUCUAUAAACGGUUUCUUUAAAUUUGGAACGAUUGAUACUUUCACUGACUUGUUCCUUAUAAUUAUUUUGUACUCUUCCUAAUAAAACUUAAAUACAAACACCA